AAUAAUGUCACAUAAAGUUAUAACACAACAAGGCCUAGUAAUUUUCUGGGGUGUUUUAACUCUUUCAACGAACUAAAAUCUCAGCCAGAUCUCCAUCCUCUCCCUUGACACUUAAAAAGAACCCACCGGUUAAUUCUCUCUCUCUCACUCCACAAACAGAGCAACAUCUUGUUUUCAGGAUUGCUUGAAAAUUGGAGAAAUCUUCAAGGUUAUAAACCAAGAAGAGAGAGGAGGUAACAAUAAGGAUUUGAGAGAGGAAGAAGAAGAAUGACUACUUUAUCAGCUUGGCCAUGGGAAAACUAUGGCAAUCUAAAGUAUCUUCUAUACGCUCCGUUAGCUGCACAAGUAAUGUAUUCGUUAGCAUACGAAGAAGAUUACUGGAGGGCUUUUUGGUGUCUCAAUAUCCUCAUUAUCUGUGGACUCAAAGGACUCGUUCAUGUCCUUUGGAGCACGUACAACAACAUGCUUUUCUUGACUCGCACGCUAAGGAUUAACCCUAAAGGUGUUGACUUCAAACAGAUUGAUCACGAAUGGAACUGGGACAAUUACAUACUUCUUCAAGCAAUACUAGCUAGCAUGAUCUGUUACAUGUCUACACCAUCGAUGAUGAUUAUCAGUACUAUUCCUCUGUGGAACACGAAAGGACUCAUCGUAUUGCUUGUGCUACACGUUACCUUCUCGGAGCCUUUAUACUACUUUCUUCAUAGAUCUGUUCAUCGUAACAACUACCUCUUCACCAAUUACCACUCUUUCCACCACUCAUCUCCUGUUCCAAAUCCCAUGACUGCUAAUAAUGCGACGUUAUUGGAAAGCCUUCUCCUCUGUGUAGUAGCUGGAGCUCCUUUGAUUGGGUCUUGCUUGCUAGGUGUUGGAUCGAUAAGCUUGAUCUACGGAUACGCUAUCACGUUUGACUUCCUAAGAUGUUUAGGACAUUGUAACGUUGAGAUCUUCUCUCACAAGCUGUUCGAGACUCUUCCAAUCCUAAGAUAUCUCAUCUACACUCCAACGUACCAUAGUCUGCAUCAUCAAGACAUGGAGACCAACUUUUGUCUGUUCAUGCCUAUCUUUGAUGUUUUAGGCAGCACACUAAACCCAAACUCGUGGGAACUCCAGAAAAUGAUUCGUUUAGCUGCAGGGGAACCGAGGAGAGUGCCAGAGUUUGUGUUCCUGGCUCAUGGAGUAGACGUUAUGUCAGCGAUGCAUGCGCCAUUCCUGUUUAGAUCGUUUGCUUCAAUGCCAUACACGACGAGGUUCUUCUUGCUGCCGAUGUGGCCAGGGACGUUCAUGUUAAUGUUGGUCGUGUGGCUUUGGUCAAAGGCAUUUCUUUGCAGCUUUUAUACCCUCAGGAACCAUCUUUGCCAGACUUGGCUCGUUCCAAGACUUGGCUUCCAAUACUUCUUACCGUUUGCUAAACAAGGCAUUAAUAAUCUUAUCGAAGAUGCGAUUCUGAGAGCUGAUAAGCUUGGUGUUAAAGUUAUAAGCUUGGCUGCACUCAACAAGAACGAAGCUUUAAAUGGUGGUGGAACGUUGUUUGUUAACAAGCACCCUGACCUUAGAGUUCGUGUGGUCCACGGCAACACUUUAACCGCAGCAGUGAUUCUCAAUGAAGUUCCAAAAGAUGUGAAAGAGGUGUUCUUGACAGGUGCCACUUCUAAGCUAGGACGAGCCAUCGCUCUUUACCUCUGUCGUCGGGGAGUGAGAGUUCUCAUGUUGACGUUAUCGACGGAGAGGUUCCAAAAGAUUCAGAAAGAAGCUCCUGCUGAGUUCCAGAACUACCUCGUACAAGUGACCAAGUACAACGCUGCUCAGCACUGCAAGACUUGGAUUGUUGGGAAAUGGUUGACGCCGAGGGAGCAGAGCUGGGCUCCUGCAGGAACGCAUUUCCACCAGUUUGUGGUGCCACCAAUCCUAAACUUUAGAAGGAAAUGUACUUAUGGUGAUCUAGCAGCAAUGAGGCUCCCUAAAGAUGUUCAAGGAGUCGGAACCUGCGAGUACACAAUGGAGAGAGGGGUGGUCCAUGCGUGCCAUGCUGGAGGAUUGGUUCAUAUGUUGGAAGGUUGGGAACAUCAUGAAGUUGGAGCCAUUGAUGUUGACCGUAUUGAUAUUGUGUGGGAAGCAGCCAUGAGAAACGGCCUUAGCUAUGUUUCUUCACUCAGUGAGUGAGUAUGAGGGACCCUCCUGAUUGUUGUCUCUGAUUCUUCGUAGAUUGGCAAUUAUUUGUACAGAUGAAGGAUGCAAGCAGGGAAAAAAGUAUUAGAAUUUCACCUUAAUUAAGUUAUUGUUUCACCUUCGAUUAAAGAUACCAAAUUUGCAU